UAAGACCCCGACACAACAAAGACAAAAAGAAAAACGGCAACCAUAAAAAAGUGCUUUUUGAGCCGUUGACUGGCCACCCUCUGAAACAGGCGGCCAACAGUACGAGACAAGAAAUUCGUUCACUUUACAGCGUUGUUUGCCGCUAUGUCCGUGCGCGAAAAGUGACACACCUGGCACGUAUGACGUCCCGGCGAGAGAUGCUGUGAUGGUGUAGGAGCUCGACCGCAAAGGCGAAAUUCACGCGAGCAGCGAUACCACUCAAGCGCGACAAGUAGAGACAUCGGUGACAGACACGAGGAAAAUCGGAGAAAGACGAAGCUAAACCUGUCCUGCUCGGCUUGACCGGAAUAUCACCGCCGCAGACACGGGAGUAAUUUGGGUUCAACUCUCUACAUCAAAUCUAAGAGCAAUCCGCUAGACGACGACGGCGACCACAAAGAUAAGACAAGCCACAACUCGACAAUGGCCCACCUUCUCCGCGUCGAAUGUCAAGGACGAGUCAGGACGACGAAUAAUGUUAGAGCGAAGACCGAGCAACGAAAAGUAUUAGCAAGAGAAUCGUUCCGGUGCCACAAGCCUAGACUAGUACAGUUUCACGCGAAGGCGAACGUCAUUGCACCACAACUGGAAUUGCUGAUGAAAUAAUCUUCUUGAGUAGAACCAGUAAUCAUCUUUGAUAGAGUCAUCUAUCGCCAAGAAAUACGACAAGAUGGGGAAGGGUAAGACGAUGAAGUCGUAUUUCAAUGCGGCGGAAUCGAACCCGGACAAUAGAGCAAGGCCAGCAAGUGCUGUUGCGCGGGAACCCGUGUCUAUGUUGGAGUUGCUCCGAGAAAGGCUGUCAUUCACGGACCGGGACUAUGACGACAGCUACGAGCACGUGAAGCCCUUGGCCGAUUUUUGGAAGAUUUUAUCACGUCGCAGCACAGGCGAUCGGCGACAUGACCUGAUCGAGAAUCGACGGCUGCAGCUUCCUGUCAACGUGCCGGACACCAUCGUGUUCGACAACUACUCAUCGAAACCGAUCUGGCUCUACACCGAGGACGGCCUCUUGCUGAAGAAACCCGACUUCGAUGUGGGAGACAUCUACAAAUUCUUCGACCUCGACCGAAAAGCGGUUUUGAGAACGUACCAGGACGAUGUCGACACGAAGAAAAUGAUCGACAUACCGGUAGCAGUAAUGAAGAGCGCACAGGGACGAUGCAACAGCCUCAAAGUACUACGGCAUUUUGUCCUGCUCUUGCGCCAACAUGAAUAGACCGCCUCAUAUUUAUCAACACUCAUAGGAAAGCCACAGGAAAGCCACAGAUUCUUGAUAGCUUGCGUUCUGAUAGAAAUGAAAGCUCUCUGCACGACAAUCAGACAGCGUCUCCUUAUUUUUAACGCAGUUGAUGUUUGGUCACGAUUUUCGGGAGGGUUUUGAGGAGUUUAUGAAGCAGCGCUUUGACAUGCCCACUACGGUUGUCCAGAAAUACGUGAAAGCGAGAGGAGGAUACAAUCACAUAGUGCGGGUUGUGUGGACAAGGGAUAUGCCCCUACAGAAGUACAUCAUCCGGAAUCAAGUCCCUAUGUCACAGGGUGUCUUUUAUGCGAAGGUGUACAGCGGGAACAAAAACAAGAAGCGGAAAAAGAUUCCAGUCCCAAAGAGAUCGAAAGAAGCUAUUCUUCGUGCCAAGAGUCCUAAAAGGAGGAUAUCAGCUGAGGACAUGGAUCUGGAAGGGGGAGCAGGGCCAGCAGGUAGUACCACAAUUUCAUUUGAUGAUAUUCCUAAGUAUGAACUCAUGAGAACUAGAAGAUCAUGGAAACUAGGAGGUCCAUGCUUUUUCAGUACGUCCAUUUAGAUUUCCCUUUCAACAUUAACAUACUUCCAGGGGGCGCUGAGGCGAGCCCCGAGCCUAAGAAAGAGGCAGCACAGCAAAAGAAACCCGAAGUUGAUGAGGACGGUGAGCUUGACAUUGUGCCAACGAGGGCAGAAGCUUAUUCAUCGCUCGAUGAUGUUAUGUUAAGGCGGUUCUUCAGCCUAUUUCCUCGUUCUCCUCGCCUGUGUCAGGCAGCUUUGAGUCCAAAGCAUUAAGAUGAUCAGCAGGAAAGAUAUCGGGAUUGGGAUUGCAUCUUCAUCAACCACAAUGAGAUUUUUCGUGGGUGCGUUCUAAUGCUGCGGCGGCUUUUGACGUGGCUGGGAACCGAAGCUGGUCUAGAGUUCGACCAAUUUGUAUGCGACUUCGUCGACGCUGACGAGGACGAUGUAGUGGAGGAGCGAAGGAUAUGGCAAAUCGAGAGCUGGAUGAAAGAAGUUGUAGAAUACGAUACAUAUAAUUAGGAAUAGAGAGUAAAUAAAGAUGACGUGGUCAUUUGAUAGUUGAAGCAGUGGAACAAGGAUCGCCUUACAAUAAGGAGCACGGCUGUUAGCUACCUCGCCGUGGGACAGCCUUUCGAGUAAAAUAUAUCUUUCACCAGUACUAACUACUUAAAGAGUUGUAUCGCGUUCAUUUGUGAAGGAUGCUCUGCAGGAGGCACUAGCGAGCGGUGGGGCUGCGGGGGCGCGAUCACCGAGCGGGCGCGUCAUCACCGGGAAUUCGCCACCCGCUGGAAGUAACAAGCACAUGGCUUCGGUGUACAGUGUAGCCUCCAGCAGCGUGCAUGGAGACAAAUUCUCGACACGUCCUGGGUCUGCGGGAAGCGGUGGCGGGUUCCAACUGACCGGAGUUUUCGGACCAAAAGCGCCAAAGAAGAAAGCCAAGAAGGAAAUGCUACAACUGUUGCAGGUUCGCGCGUUCAAGAUCAGACCCUCAAGGCGGUUUGGCUUCAACAUGAAAAUAGAACGAAAGCUUGAUGGCAAAGCAUUUGCGGAAAAGCUCAUGCACAUGUUAUGGAAGGAUCUUCCUGACUGCUGGGAAGAGAAGUUCUAGCUCCAUCAGCUCAACAAGUUUUCAACAUCUUUUACCCUACAACUUCCCACUCUAGCAAUCAGGAACUGCAGAACAAGAGACCUGCCUCUAAGCACAAAGUGUGGCAUAUGCGACUGCGCUUACUUACCGAAAGAUCUGCCGAAUGAGGUACACACACUCGCCAUCCAAGAAUUCUUUGAGCAGGCAAACCGGCUCGCCCUCCAUUUUAGUUGGAAUACGACGACGCUAACCGCGUGCAAGCGGUACUUCUAGAGCAGAACGCUCUACAAUUUACUAAAAAUUUACUAAAGCCGUUUCUACCUGUGCCCUCAUACAACUAGUCGUGAGGUUUCCCAGGUAGUGCCUGAGCCUGAGAUUUCAGACUUUAGGAAAUCGUUCUGUCACUGUAGUCAUGCAGGACUGCCAAUCAGCUUGCCCUCACUCUCGCACCACAUUCUAGCCUUCAAAACUAACGCCACCAUCAGGGACGCGUCAAACUAUACGAGGCAUAAGGUUUGUCGCGGCUGUUACGCCUUGUUGGAGCAGUUCCGGUCGCUUUUCUCCAUAGGAGAGAAGUAUGCAACCUAUUUCCAAGACGACUUUCGACCUGUGCGGAGUUGCGCAAAGUUGCCCCAGUAUUUUCCAAACGUGCGCAUGCGAAAAGCCCACGCGAAUGCGCACCAGAUGCCGGACGACUUUCAGGUAGACCCGGACAUGCUGCAGGCGAUGAAAGCGCAUGGCCCGAUCGAACCAGUAAAUUUGACCACUUUUAGGUUAUGACCCCCACAACUACCACUUGUGUGAAAAACCUCAGGACCAUGAAGAUCCCUAUAGCCAGGUACAAUGAUGAAGGAUCUUGAUCUUCAUGAUAUGAUAGGGAUUUACUUGCAAUUCCAGCUCUAAAGAGUUCGAACGCAGACCUGAAGUCUAUUGAAGCGGUGUACAAUUUCAAGGAGCCGAUGUUGCGAUACAGGUUAAUAUUCUACUUCCGCCAAGUGACCGGUGUACCAGAGAAGUAUAAGAAUUGCGACCUCGAUCUGGAAAUGGAGCUUUUCGACAAUAUUUGCACAAUACCACUGGUGCCAUGCAAAGACCCAUCUUUAUGGCUUCAUAUUUCUGUGUUGCACUAUGCUGAACGUUAACGUAGUAGUAGUUCGCGACUCAUUUUUGUGUUGACUUGAGUAGUCACUAAGAAAGGGUUCCUUCUCGUUCUCCCACGAUAUUUCAGCCACUUCAUCUCUGCGUCGUCCUGUGACUCACUCUUCCUUCACUUUGCCUCUACUAAUGUCUUGUCUUGGAAAUCCUCCAGUUCCAGAGAGUCAAGUGAGCUACAAAGCCCCAGAAGGCGCACUUCUCGGGAAAGCUCUGGCUUUCAAGGCUUUCCAGAUGCUCACGAGGACGCCAGCAGGUUUAGUGCAGUGGGCCAGAGAAAAGCAGAAACUUCAGAUAUUUCUCAGAGCCAAUGGCAGAAAUGUUGCCACGGUGCUAAGACUAAGUCGUGCCUUUUGUAGAUUUAGACUCUCUCUCUCAUGUCUACAUCUACUGUACUAAUAUCUCUAUUCACUUUGACUUUGUCUCGGACAUCUUUCUACUUGACGAGCCACAUCGUUCUCAUUGGUAUCUAUAAAAUGUUCAUGUUGGAGAAUCUUCAAACGGAACACAGGUGUACGCACCAAUACACCAGCUUGCCUUGGAGAAGUCGCUCAUGAAGAAUCACUCCCUUCAGUUCAAACAGGGACCGAUCGGGUACACGAACCUUGAUGUGGCACUUGGGGUAUUAUUGUGUCCUUUGUUUUAUAGGAUUUGGAUUAGCUUUUUCAACAUACAACAUGGUCUUGUUCAGUCAAAUAAAGGUUAUGAAAGCAGGAUCUUGUAGUAAUUUAUUGAUAUAAUUGUGAGCUCGGCAGGCGACAAUUUUUUGAAAAUUCGCUCAUCGCAGAUAACUGGUGGCGAUGUUUUUGACGCAGUUUACACUCCGAAAGUUCUGCAUGAGAGGUUUGUUUAUAUACCUCCGGCAGAGUUUAGUGUGCCAGAACCGUUGCCAGAUGCCUGGAUUGAGUUGCUCUUGAAUGACAUGGACCCAGCAACAACUCUGCGAGCAAAAAAUAAGCCACUGCAACCAGACUCGCUGUCGCAACGAAUCAUCGAAAAGAUCCAUGACGAAGACGAAAGGAAGGCGGGAAAGAUGUACAUCCUAGAUUAUGCUAACUUUCUUAAAAGAAAAAGAUUGGUUUUCGUAUGUGUUUGUGCGUGGUUGUGCUCUAAUCUCUCUUGUUCUAUCUUUUCAUCAAGAUCAUGAUCGUGGCGAAUGAUAUCUUCUUCGAUUGGUUUCUAUUCUUUCACUACAGCAACAAGCCUGCGAUAACUCCCACGGAUGAGCUCGUGAUGCCUGCGGGCAGUAGCUUUGAAUCGACUAGUCGCUUCUGCUCAACCGACGACGUGAGCAGUUUUUUCGCAAGCACAUCGCGGCCCACCUCUGCGCAAGUGCCCCCGACUUCGGCAAGGCCAGACGCCGCUGGCGUAGAUGCCGACAACCGCCAGGUAUACACAGGCAGCAGUACGAGUAAGAACUAUUCGCGAAGAGGCAGCACAAACCGCCAGGGCGCAGUGAGCCGACCACAGAGCGCAACUGUGGAAAGCGGACAGCCUGCUAGUGGGCGAGUGAGUGCAGGACGACCGGCUUCUGCAAGACCCCUGUCUGCACGACCAGUUUCAGCUACCAGUCGGCUCAGAGGAAGCGUUCCCGAACAGCCCGAAGAAGAAGAAGGGAUCGCCUCUCGAGAAGAAGCGCUCAGACGGCCUGGCGGUGCGAGUAUUAAGGGUAAAGCUGUAGCUGUCCCUCAUCAUCCUAUACAUAGGCGGCUAUACUAAAACCAAUAUAACUAUAAGUACAUAUGUUCCAGGGCUCAGGGCUGCAGCCCCCCCCGAUCUAAAAUUUUGAGGUGGGGGCCUCCAGCCCCGGACCCUUUUCCUCGAGGGACUGCCAGGCGGGAAGGCCUCCAAGCGCCCAUCUUCACGCUCUCCUUCUUGCCGGUACCCUACAGAACCCAAACCCCUGAGGCCGUUCAAGCACCGACGGCCGGGGGUGGAAGGCUUCCGAAGGCGGCAAAGGUGGCAAGGCUUGACCCCCUUGCCGUGUUGCGUGGGCCCUACGGAUCUCCCGGGUGCGGGCUCCUCACUGGCGGAGUUUCUUGGAGGGUGGAAGGCCUCCGAGGGCAGCAUGUGGCAAGGCUUGACCCCUUUCGCCGCGCUACCAAUUGGGGGGAUGAGGGCCAAAGGGGCCAUUCCUCGCGACCGAGGCCGCCCUCGGCGGCCUUCUGCCCCCGGAGGCCGUCCCCCUAAGAGGGUCCAAGGAAGAGCCGGGACGCCUGUGGGGUACACGCGGAGAGCCGCCAGGGGAAUCCGGCCCGCCUUUUGAGGCCUUCGCCCCAGGGAAUCCUUACAUGUCAGCACCGCGGAAAAAAAGGCGCGCCGCCGCCGCCACCGCUCCAUCCACAGGGGGGCGGGCCUCCCUCCCUGAUGCAUAUAUGAAGACAAUUGUGAAGCAGCAGCUCCAGUAGUUGCCGCCAGGCUCUGCUCGUAUAAUCUGCUGAGUUAUAGAAACCUCAUAGCAUUAAAAUAGACGGUAGGGAUACCUCAGCACUUCUAAGAAAUGCAGACUCGGAUCGAGUAGUGCCCCGGAUAGUCGAUUAUCCUCUGCUACCUCACGAACUAGACCCGGCAGUGCGGCCAUGGAGGUGGUCUCAAACUAUUACGUUGUCACGCGUAGUUUUACUCUUAGAUUCAUUGUCACGCGUAUGUUAGCAUUAGAUUGAUUCUACGAUUUUUUUUGAUUUUUGAUCCGUGAGUGUUUUGGAUUUGCUUGUGGCACUUCUAGCUUCAUGUUCUUGUUCAUGUACCCGCCGCAGCAGAAGCGAGCAAAGCUGGCAAGCGGCACUCCUCAACAUCGAAUGUACUACCAGAACACUCGCGCAGUUCCACAGGUGUUCCUCCAUCAUCGGCGGGAUAUUAUGCUAGGCGGAGCCAAACCACGAGUCACGAGAAAACGAGUACAGGCACCUUGAGUCACUACGAGAAUCUUGUAAAUGCCCUAGAAGAGGAGGAGGAGGAAGACGAAUACGGUCAUGACAUUGACGACGGCGGACACUUGGGCGGGCCUGAAGGCCGAGGACAAAACUCACUGCAUAUGAUGGAGCCACUAGCUUAUGAAAAAUGCUACUCAGCCAUGAACAAUAUCACUGGAUGUGGAUAAUCUUCUUCAUUAGCUAACAAGAGUAAAGAUACAUAAUGCACAAGCAUGUUGGUCCCUUUCGAAGCAUCGCAAGGUCCAGGUCUUGUCUUUGUAUAUCGAGACUACUGUAUCAUUCGUCCUCGAAGAUUGGAAACAAAGUCAAAGUCCUUCAUAUCCACUCAAGGUGCUCUUUUCAUUCAACAACCGCGAGUCGCAGUCAACUAGCAGAGCCACUCUUCCUGGAGGGUCAAUUAAGAGCGUUGCAUGGCAUAGGGACUGUAGGAGAGAGUUGGUACGUGAAUGUGAGCAUUUUAGACGGCGAACACAUCGAGGAAGUGCAGACGCAGCUGAAAUUAGGCCCGAAAAUCGGCGACACCUUCGAGCGGCAAGUCAUCGGUCCCUUGUCGCUGCGCUUUUGUUAAGGCCAGAACUGCGAAUGAGAAUAGUAUCUAGAAUUUUGUUGAACAGUACUCCUAGUACUACGUACUAGGUUCGUCUCAACAUAUAUCGACUCUUGUCUUUGCAUCGAAGUGAAAGUUUAGUUUGUAGCAGCAGUGAGUACUCAUCCCGGUUACUUUACCCCUCUUCCAGAAGAAUGCUUAUAGUACACCACGAUGCUUCAUGUAAUAGUUUACUUUUACAAACCGUUUCAUUAAAAUCAGCUAAAGCUAUUUCUAAUUCCUUGUCAAGCUCGAUGCACUAGAUACGGAGUCAUUGGAAUGCAUGCGGAAAUCCUUGGUAUUUUUUUUUUGCUUUCGCUUCCCGGUUACACUUCUUUUUCUUUCUCGUGGUCGUAAGAAAGGACUUAUUCGUAUCACGAUGCACAACAACAUAAAGGCAGAAUGAUAUGAGGAGGAACUCGCAAUAAACAUGAUGUUUUGACAACGAACAAAAUGAUAAGGAAAGGAAAAGGCAGCAACUCACAUCAUGACAUUUACCAGAUACGUGUCCGUGUUUACAAGCAUGAUGUUUCGCUGCACAUGAGUACCAGGAAAGUAUCGACCGAGCUGGUGGAAAAGCGGAAAAUUUUCGGUGCCAUAGAGUUCGAAAACCUAGGACACCACCAAGUUAAACACCCCAGCUCUCACAUGUUUGCAGCAUUCUAUCUCAGGCGUGCCCAGGAGAUGGAUCCAGCAGCUUUGCGGAACCUGACUUAUGGAGGGUUGUGGUUUUUUCACACUAACGGAAAGAGCAUACUAACCAAAUUGAAAUCAAUAGGUAGAGUGGUUUUCGAAUUCCAUCAUCAUCAUUCACAAGAUGUUCCGUUAUUUCACCUCUCUUGAUUGUCUAAGAAGCAGCGAGCUUAGCGUGGAAUUCCGCGUACAAGCGAUUCGAGCCCUCGCAGGACACGCGCUAGGACGAGCUGCUCGUGCAGCAAAUGAGUAAACAGAAUUGUCGCCUUACGCGUAUCAUUUUCAACUUCGAACACCAUCAAAUCAUAUGAGUACUAUAUCAUCUAUUUCCAUUCGAGAGAACAGUAUAGAACACGCGCUGGCAACAGGUUUUGGACUUGGUUUUUUGUCGAGGUAAACAACAACGCACUGUAUUUCAAAGUGGACUGAUGAAUGUCGACAUCAGAUGAAUGCAUCAGCACCCUGUGCUAUUGAAUUCGAACGUUUCCGAAUGCGAUCGCGAUUUUUGACAUCAGACGCGCAAAUUUGAGAUGUAUCGGCCAACAUAUCACUUACUAGUUUUUUUUGUUUACUUGCAAUAAGGCGGCAGGGGGUAAGAACAUCGAAG